CCUGUGGCUGGUUUUUACUCACCUCCUGUCCUGAUAUCACUCCGCUGGCAUGGUGGAGCAGCGGACCUUAUCAUUGUGAUGGUGGCAGGCGGCAGCCACUGACUACACACUUCCGCCACUGCUUCCCAUAUCCGCGUUUUUCGUGUACGCUACUAUAGUAGCCUCUCAACCGGACUACCGAGGGCGCUUGUGCGCGCUUUCCACCCCGAACCGAAACAUCUUCACCGGGAUUUCUUUCAAACCAGGACCAUAUGAGAUGCGAGUUCACUGGGAAACUCCGGAGCCCGUUCGGUUCAAGCAGCAAAACUUUUUCUCAAAGGACAACAUCGUAAAACGGCGAGUGGACUGUUGUCACUGCCGCUGCUUCUGCUGCUCCUCCGCGGGGCUCUUCUCCGUGCGUGUGUAACUGCUGCUCCGCGGUAUUGUUGUGUUUCCUCCGCUGACUUGUUGUUGUUCGCAGCGGUUUCAUUGUUGAAUUCAGCACGGGGUCUGCCCGGCUCUCACUCGGGCUAACUGUUGGCUGUGUUGUCGGGAGCGGUUUGUUUAGAAACAGAACACGAGGAGAGAAGAAGGGACUGAACCAUGACUGCUUUAAGGCUCUCAGCCCUUUAAACCUGCCCGCUUGUUGUUCCUUUCGGCGGCUGUUGCUUCCGUCCUCUUACUGGCAGCCCGGGGACCCUUCACCAGGGAGGACGAUAGGUGUUGGAGGUGGAGGUGUUUGGAGGAGGUGGCGGUGGUCGUGGCGAGCUUGACGGGGAGAAAAGUUCUUCCAAAAUAGCAGCCACUCGGCUCAGUGAUGGGGGAUUUCGCCUCCCCCGCUGCCGGAGCCAACGGCAGUAUCUGUAUCAACAACAGCAUGAACCCGGCCGCCGGGAGCGUGGUGCCCGCCGGGUCGGUGGGCAUACCUAAACACAGCACCGUGGUGGAGAGGCUGAGGCAGCGGAUAGAGGGCUGCCGGAGACACCAUGUCAACUGCGAGAACAGGUACCAGCAAGCCCACGCCGAGCAGCUGGAGAUAGAGCGGAGGGAGACGGUGAGUCUGUACCAACGGAGUCUGGAGCAGAGGGCCAAAAAGUCCGCCGGUGGCGGAGGCAGCAGCAAGCAGCCACAGAGCAAGCAGCCGGACCCGGACUCUGCCUCCUCCACGGAACAGAGGAAUAACACGUUAAUAGCGCUUCAGGAGACUGUAAAGAGGAAACUUGACAGCGCACGAUCACCCCUCAAUGGAGAUCAGAACGGCAUCUGCGAUGGAGGCAGCUACUCACCGACCACCAAACGGGUACGGAAGGAUGGCGCUGGUGGUUUGGAUUCACUAACAGGUCUCCCUAAUAACACCAGUAACAGUGUACCACCAAUCUCGCCUCUGCAUCAUCAAAUGGACAUUAAGCCUUUACUUGGCGGGCCCAACACUUCCACCGGAAAUAACACUACAAACAGCAACGGCAACCAUGUGGGUCGGGCGUCAGAUGAGCUGGGGAAGAACGGUGGCAGCCACCUGCCAGAUAUGAAACUCAACGGCUCUCUGGACCUGGAGGACAGCUUCGGCCUCCUCAAAGACCUAAAACAGGAACCACUGGAUGACGGAGGCGGGAUGGAGUCCUCCGAUCCCCAGUCCUUGUCCAAUCAAAACAAACUGUUCUCUGACAUCAACCUCAAUGACCAGGAGUGGCAGGAGCUGAUCGACGAGCUCGCCAACACUGUGCCAGAGGACGACAUGCACGACCUCUUCAACGAGGACUUUGAGGACAAGAAGGAAGCAGAGUUUGGCAGACCAGCCAACAAUCAGACACCAGGUCCACAGGAAGCAGCUGGGAAUACGUCGACACCUGGAGGUGGAACGGCGCCAACAGCAGCCUUGCCGCCGCCUCCUCCUCAGCCUCCACAGGGAGGUCCACAGGUUCCCAUAGGCUCACCACAGGUUCGACCAUCGUCAUCAGGCCCUCAGUUUGCCACCACUGCCAAUGGAACCCCUCCACAGCAACCUUUGCAGCAGUCUCCAGCCGUUGCCAUGGCAUCAGGUUCACCCUUGCACAACUGUGUGGCUCGUUCCCCUCAGACCCCAACCCAGGCCCAAACACAAACUGUCUCCAGGCCUGGGAAUGGAUACAUGAUGAACCCAGGUCCAGGGGUCAGUCAGGCAGGAGCGGGUCAAGGAGCAGCGGGGGUUGCCCCUGGAGGUCAGCCUGUAGGGCCAGUGACGCCAGAACUUUCUCCAGCAGAGCAGCUGAAAGCAAUGGCUCAGCAACGUGCUAAACUGCUGCAGCAGAAACAGCAGCAGCAACAAGCGGCUAACUGGUCUCCUGCAGGCGCUCCAACCAGUCCAUAUAACUCCGGUCCCUUUAACCAAGAUAAACCCAACAGCCCUAUGAUGUACCCACCGCAAGCCUUUAACGCACCACAGGGCCCUCUAGUGGCUGGUAUGGCCCCGAACAAUGGGCCCAAAGCCCCCAUGAGCAACUACCUCCCUCACAACCACAUGGGCAUGAUGGGACAGCAGCAGCCAAACAGCAUCAACCAGAGCACGCUGUCCAAACAACAGCAGCAGCAGCAAACGGCAGCCAUGUUGUCCUACAACAACACCAAACCACUGAGUCACUUCAGCGGCAGUGGGGUGGAUCACAUAGGCCAGAGGAUGACUCCGCCCAUGGCAGGAAACAAUCAGGUCAAGAACCCCAUGAUGCCUCCUUACAUGGGUGGUGGAGGAGGCGGGGGCCAGGGGGCGGGACCAGGCCAGACCCAGGGCCCAAUCCCCGGACAGACGGCCCACCUGAGCGAGGAGCAGAAGAGGAUGUUGCUGAUGAAGCAGAAGGUGUUGAACCAGAACAUGCCCUACAGCGCCAUGCAACCUCAUGGACAGGAGCAAGGUGUGGUCGGAAUGUCACGCCCACCGGGCGCCAUCCCUCCCCCUCACCCUGGAGGGGGUGUGGCCUCCGGGGUGGGCCCCAACCAGGGGGCGGGGCCGCCUCCGGGUUACGUGGGCAAUCAGCAGCAGGCGGCCAUGAUGAAGCAGAUGAUGGCGAUGGAGCAGGAGAAGAGGGUGCAGAUGCACAUGAUGGAGCAGCAGAAGCAGCAGCUCUUCAGAGAACAGAGGCAACAGCAGCAGCAGCAACUACUGGCUGAGCAGCUCCAACAGCAGCAGCACCUCCCCAGACAGAUGGGCCCGGGCCAGAGGAAUCCAUACCCUCAAGUCAAUCAAUACCAAGGUCCUCCUCAGGAUCUGGCGUCCAGGAGCCAGGCUCUCCAGAACAUCCGGGCUGCCCGACUCCUACAACAGCAACAGCAGAACCAGCAGCAGAUGGUCCAGAUGAGUUCUGUUCAGGGCCAGGGGGGCUCUGUAGGACCCCAAACUGACAUGGGUAUACCCUAUGGCAACCAGGGGUCCAACCAGGGUUCUUUGUAUGGUCUCAACCCCUCCAUGAGCCAAAUGAUCCACCAGCAGCAGCAGCAGCACCAGAGCCAAAGCGUCCAAGCCUCCAUGGGUCUUCCACCACAGCACAACCCCACCGGGGGGCCUCCACGGCAGGCAGGUGCAGGUCCUGGGGUAGCAGGUAUGCCCGGAGGCCCCGGAGGUGGUGGAGCUGGAGGGUACGGGGGACAGGGGAUGUUAAUGAACUCCAUGGCCCAGCAACCCCUCAAAGGCCCUCCCAAUGCCAAAGCCCAAGCACAGAGACUGCAAAGUAUGCUGGGGGCUGGGGGAGGAGGUGGGGGAAUGGGAGCGGGCGGCUGGCCGCAGCAGCAAGGACAGAGUCUGCAGGCCAUGGCAGGAGGAGUUGGAAGGACUACAGGAGGUGGGGGAGGAGAAAUGGUGGGGUUUGGCUCAGCUCAGAGUUAUGGGAUGCAGCCGGGACAACCCCCACGUAUGGCCAAGCAACACUUUCAGGGCCCGGGACAGGGGAUGAGCCAAGGGAUGGACCCCAGGGUGGGCAACCCGGCUGCAGGUAUGGGUGCUCCAAUGAUGGGGCCUCACAUGGGCGCUCAACCCAGGACCAACCAGCCCCGGCCCAUGGUCAUGAACCAGGGAAUGAACCAGGGGGUGAUGGGCCAGGGGAUGACUGGGAUAGGGAGUUUUGUUCCGGGUCCUGGGGGACCAGGAAUGGGGGCAGGGGGAGGAGGAGGCGGACCUUAUGGACCUGGAGGAAUUGGUGUCGGAGGUCAGCCGCAAGGCUACCAGAGGACAGCCAAUCAGGACAUGUCAUCUUAUGGAUAUGGGGGCGGGCCCUCAGGUGGUGGAGCCUUCGGAUUGGGCGAUGGGUCGGGGGCAGAGCUGGACUCAAGUGAUGGUUGGAUGGAGGAGUUUUUCCCGAGCCAAUAGCCAAGAUGGAAACUGGAGAAGAGUUUUUACUGGAUGAACUAAACAUUAGAGUCGGACGAAUGUUUAAACCUGAGAAAGUAAAACAGAGAAGACCACACGACAUGGACUGGCAUGUUUUUGUUUUGUAAAACAUGGACACGGUUAUAAAUGAGUUAUUGUGUUACGUUUUGUGUCUGAGUGCGUGUGUGAGUGUGUGUGUGAUUGAGGUAGCAUCAUUAUGUCUUGUGCAUAUUAAUGAAAAACCAGUAUAGAGAUUAAGAGGUGUGUUUCCUUAGUUUCCCCUUUUUCCCUCCGUGGAAUGAUUUUUUUCUAAUGUUUCAGUGUUUGAAAGCGAGCCCCGUUUACACAGCAGCGCUUUGAGCCUGAGCUUUAGCCAUGGCUGAUUGAACACCGCAGACUGAUGAAGGGGGAGGAAGACUUGUUCUCAAGACAGCAAUUUGUUUGUGUUUGUGUGUUUGUGCCACCCAGCUCUGAGGUGCUCAGAUCUCUCGCCUGUAAGGAGCUGAAGCUCGUAGAAAGCACUCUCAACACUCCCAUUUGCUUCCUUAGAUUUGUGCCCCCCCAUACACACAUACACACACUAACACACACAAAUCUACUUGAUCUCAUCCUCUCACCCUCUCCGCUCCUGUUUUUCCCACCCUCUCUCCAGAGACUCGUUCCUCACUCUUAACACUCCCUUCUCUGUUUAAAUUGUGAACAUCACAACAGAACAAAUGAUUUUCCUCGACUGUGCCAGACAACCACACUCUGCCCUCUAGUGCUUCUGCAAGGCAACCGACCUGGGUGGUGUCUGUUUUUUUGUCUUUUUAAACUGGGGAGGUUUCCUUUCCUGAGUGUGGAUGUGGACGAUGGCUAUCCACGUAGAGGAAGAGAAAGAGGAAAGGCACGCAAAAGCAAAUGUUUUGAUUAAAAAAAGCCCACACACACAUACACACACGGCACUCAACCAACUAAUAGAUAAGCAAACAUGAGUCUGGAAGGAUGAGCAGAUGUUUGAGAGGCAGCUAACGCAGCUAAUAUUACAUUAAACCCGCUCUGCCUGUGUGACACAAACCACAUCACAUGCAUUAGGCUGACACAAAGCAGAAUGAUUCGCUCAGCACUGAAUGUAUUCAAGCACCACAAGUGACUUUUAUCUUUUUAGUGACAAAAAAGCCCACACGUUAUUUUUUUGUUUAUUUUAUCUCUAACAUUGAUGCUGGCCACGCCUCUGUCAAUUAAAACGGUGAAAAGAACAGUUGAAAUUAGCCGUCUUUUAGUUUGUGUUGUCUUUUUUUUUAAACGGUUUGUCCUCCCGUCACACCACAGCCUUCUCUUCCAUCGUGACACAGCUGGUUGUCGGUCACUGUUAGCCCUGCUUUUACAUCGUGGCUUCUCUCUCUUUUAUACCGCAGCUCUAACACCCUCACUCCAAACUAACUGUGCUAUACUGUAACACUACUGUGAAGAAAUACAAAAGAGUUUUCACCUUCCGGCGCUUUACGAGGAAAAUGAACCACUGCGAAGUUGAUUUAUAAACAAGACAAACUUGGAAACAGCUGAUCGGGUGGAAAAGAGUGGAGCCAGUUAGCGCCAGUUAGCAUCAAAACAGCUUGUGCUUCCACUGAAGUCAGCGUCUCCCCUUGAUUAAAAGUGUCGGCUUUUUACACUGUCCACUCCUUAGCCCUCAUGGUUGAGUAAUAAAUAUAUGUCAAAUAGGUUUUAAUACAGUAGUCAUUGGUAUGAAAACACCUUACUUCUCUAGUGUUUUUAAGUGUAAUUUUGGUUAAAAGGUGAAAGAAAGUGAGUCUGUACGUGCAUUACUUUGUAUUUAGCUCAUGGGAGUGAAAGGUCGGAGGAUGAUGCUGUAAUCAACAAACCAAAAAGCCUUCUUCUCUGUAAACUAACUCCUCACCAUCAACACAUAUGUUCUCCUGGUUGUCGCCGCGUAUAAUCCAACCCUUUAAAUACAAUCUUUGACCACCUUUGUCCCGUACGUGUCGCUGCGUUGGGUAGCAACUGCGAAUGAGGUUCUGUACUUUGGUUUUUGUCAUGUAAGGGGGAGUGGAAGUGCUCCGACUCACUGUGGGAGUGGAAGGUCAAGGGCACACCGCUGUACAGGUUGUAGCAUCCCCACAUUUCUAUCAGGGGAGAGUGGUGCAAAUAAACGAAACCCUGUGUCAGUGUCUGGAUUGUUUAAGCCUUCCUUGCACAGUAGAAAAGCAGCAGGUCUUCAGCGGCUCCUCUGCUCUUACUUCCAAAACUUUGAUACCGCUGCAGGAGGAGCACACGUGAAUUGUGAGAGUGAAAUGGAGGCAGUGUGCAGGGGAAUUCCAGAGGUAAACCACUCCAGUCAAGAAGAAACAAGGUAGAUGACAAACUUCUAACGUCAGAGUUAAGAACUUCAGAGCGAGGGUUUGUGAUACGGUUUGAAAUUCCUUCAGGAAGAGAGGAAACUUCCUCCAAAUAUCAUUAUGUACCGGGACCAAGUCUGUAGACAAUGUUUUAACAAAAGUUGUUGUUGUUGAUGUUCUUUGUUUUAUUUUUGUUUGUUCUAUUUUUUUUUUUACUGGUGCUGACAUAUAUGUGAUUAUGAGAAAAACUAUAUAAAAGAUAAUGGCUAUUUGUAAAUAUGUUUUUACAAGUUUAAAUACAUCAGAUAAUACAGUCUCUACUCUGUAAAGAAUUUACUGUUUGUUGGAAAAAUAGAGAAGUAUUUUUAUUUGGAAGUUUUUUGUUUUCACUUUUAACCCAUCUGAGCUAUGCCAUUGCACUUCAGACAAUGUCUUACUACUAAUUUGUAUUGUAAACCUCCUCUCUUUUUUUGGAUUUUGUUCUUUUUUUUCAUUUUUUUUUUCUAGUUUGAGAUUUGACUCUGUUCUUAAGCAGUGCUUAUUUCUUUUUAUCCUGUACAGAAUUCUGAUAUGUUAACAAAAGAGAGUUACAAAAGACUUUUUGUUUGUUUGUUUUUUCAAAAAGAUACAAUAAAGAGAGAAUGUUCUCGCUGAUCAUAUUAAAUGAAAGUU